UGCUCUGGCGAGAAGGAACACACGCGAGAGCUACCUGGACACGGGGCAGAGCAGAGGACGGCUACAGACAAGACUUGCAGGCUGUGUGCUGGUGUGCUUGCUGGUGAGGGAGAGAGCAUAGCUCAGCAUGAACCUCAACGAAGCGCAUCUGCGCCACCUUGCCCGGGUGGAGCGCAUCAAGCCGUCCGAGCCGGUGGUGUUUGAGGAGACGCCCGAGAUCGCCGCAUACCGCCGGACGCUCAUCGACCCGAGUCUGGUCAAGAAGCGCAACGUCGAGCUGUGGGCCACGUCCGAGGCCGUGGCUUACCCAGAGGGCCGGCCAAACGCGCCAUCCGAGCUCCUUCUCAAGUCGCUGGACAAGGCCCUGUACUCGGCGCCGGCUCUGGCGGCCAACGCCGGGUCGGCCGGGCACGGCGGCCAGUCGUACCGGCUGGUUGGGCGGGUCAACGAGGAGUACCCAGCCAGGCGCGGUGGCGCCAAGGCGUACGGCAUCACCUUUGCAGUUCCGUGCGCUGACGACUCGCAGUGAUGUUGUGAGGAUGAUAAACCCGUGAGGAGUGUCG